AUGUACCGUUGGGUGUGGAGUCUAUUCAUUCGGGCGCACAAAAAGGACCUCGAGUUCAGUGAUCUCUACCGCUGCCCAAAAUCAGAUGAGACACAUCUCGUCCGACAGAAGUUGCAAAUCAAAUGGGAUAAGCAAUUGAGGGGAAAAAAGUCAUCACUAUUUUGGGCACUCUUCGCAUCGUACGGACCCGAACUUAUUGUUCUCUAUAUCCCCGAUGCUAUCAGGGAAUUGGGACUGAAUUUGUUUCAGCCGUAUUGUAUCGCAUAUUUGGUGAGAUAUUUCAACGAUGACCCCAACACUAGCCAGUGGUGGGCCAUAUGGGCGGCCGUGGGUAUUGUGUUGGCCGCCAUUGCAAACAUGUUUAUCACACAUUUGAAUAGUACGCAUAACAGUAAAGUUGGAGUCAGAAUCCGUGCCGCCUGUUGUGCCCUAAUCUACCGCAAAUCGAUGCGUUUAAGUCAUUCAUCACUCGGACAGACAACUGUUGGCCAGAUAUUGAACAUUAUGUCCAACGAUGUCAACAGAUUUGAUGCGUUUGCAUCAAAUUCGCGAUCACUAUUUGUGGCGCCACUGCAGGCGGCGAUUGUAUUAUACUUGUUGUGGUCACACUUGCGGUGGGCGUGUUUGACGGGAAUGGGAAUACUUGUGCUGUUUAUACCAUUUCAAGUACUAAUGGGUCGUAUGUUUCGGACUAUACGUCAAAAGACGGCUAAAUUAACUGACAGUCGAAUCCGUUUAAUGCAAGAGAUUAUCGCCGGAAUGCGUGUCAUAAAGAUGUACGCCUGGGAACAGCCCUUCGCACAGUUGGUCGCAAUCGCUCGCAAAUCCGAAAUGACCCAGAUCCGUUUAUCAAACUUCUUAAAAGGGGUUAACCUUUCGAUUUAUUUUGUUUUAAUACGGGUUAUAAUAUACGCUUGUUUUUUAACAUAUGUACUGAUGGGUGGGAUGUUGUCGGCGGAGACAGCUUUUGCCACUAUUGCUUACUUUAAUGCCAUGCGUUGGUCAAUGGCUAAGAAUUUGCCCCUAGCUAUUGCAGCGUUAAGUGAGCUUGUGGUGGUUAUUAAACGUAUCCAGGAUUUUUUAUUACUUGAAGAGAUUAGUGUUAAGGAGUUUAAGGAUAAGGAAAACACUUCGAGUAAUAAAGAAAAAGGCGUUUUUAUGGACAAAAUGAGCGUUCGUUGGAAUAAUGAGACGACUGAACCCACGCUUCGGGACAUUAGUCUGAGUGUAAAACCCGGACAACUGUUGGCUGUCGUCGGAUCCGUUGGCAGUGGAAAG